UUCAGGCAUGCUUACAUUUUGCGACGCGCUUGUUAUUUUUCGUGGAGGGUUCAUUUCUGUAUAAAGCGUCACCAGAAAACCCAAAUUUAGAGCUUUGACAAAAUGUCUUUUCACGAAGAUGAAAGCUUGGACAUCGGAUCAGCCGGCCAGUCGAAGUUGGAGAGCUUUCUGUUCAGCUGCGAGCUGUCCUCUAAAGUGCCUUUCUACACUUUCCAAGGAGACGAAGAGGAGGACCUGGAGCACUUCCUUGAACUCAGAACAGUCUGUCUGGGAGAAGGUGCCAAGGAGGAGAGUAAUGUGGUGGAGGUAACGGCCAUGAACCACCAAGGGAAGACUAUUUCAGUGCCAAUUGCCAACCUUCACAUCAGCUGUCUGCCCAUGGUGAGUCUUGGAGAAUUUGAGCUGAAAGCCCCAGUGACCAUCCGACUCAAAGCUGGGACAGGACCAGUUACUGUCAGCGGGCUACACCUCAUCGCCUCACAGGUUGAGGAGUCAGACCUGUCUGAUGAGGAUUACGAAGAUGAUGAUGACGACGAGGAUGAGGAGGAAGACAUCACCCCCAUUAAACCAGCAAAAAAGAAGCAGAAGCAGUGAUCGUUUUUUUGAAAGGCCUCACUCACUAGCUGAUAUGUUUUUUAAGGAAUGACAGGUUAUUUUGUACCGGAUGGACACAUUUUAUAAAGCUGCUACUUCCUCUACACAGCCAAGUAAGCGCUUAGUGUGGCGGCUGUUAGCUGAGCCCGCUGUGGGAGGAAGUGACAGCAUGACGGGCUGACGCUCUCACCUCUCUGCUCGUCAAGUUUCUCACAGCGAACUGUUGGUCCCUGUGAUGUAUUAAGACGUUUACUUAUAGAAGAACUUUUGCUAAUAAAUGCUACCCAGUGUUUUGCACUGUAUAUGAUACAGUCACAACUGACAUGGAUUUAUUGCACCAGUGGAUUCUGGUAUUGUUAUAGAUACUGUUCUUGUAAAAGUAAAGUCCUUUGUGCAUGCGCGCGUGUGUGUGCGCGCGCGCGCUCGUGUACUUUGUCAGACAUGACUGACAAGUAUCCACAUGAAUUGUCACUUCAACUGAAUGGUGUAUUCAGAUAGCUUGCGUACAGUUUAUUAAAUGUUCUCUGUGCGUAAGAGUUUCUCCAUUUCUAGUUGUUACAAAAAUACUGUUUUCUAUGUGAUAUGUCAGUCAUAAAUGUGAAGAUUUUGUACUUAAAGUGAUGCGUUGAGAAAA